AUGAAGUCAGGUGUCGUUAGUUAGAAGCAUCUGCUGAAAGAUUUGGAGCAGAAGAAGGUGUCUACUCCGAACCAGACCAACUGUAAUACUGAGUCCGCAGCAGCCCUGGAGGAGGCCAAGACCCCUGGUGCUCCUGGGAGCCCCCAAACACCCCCUGAGCCUCAUGCCCCUGGUAGUUCGCUGCCCCUGACACCCCGGAUAGAGAGCCACUCAGAGGAGGAAGAUCAGACUGGGGCCGGCAGUGGCCUGGGCUGGAACAGGAGGGGCCCCCGGACCCAGAGCCCAGGGGGCAGCUCAGUGGAAGCCGUCCUGGGCCGGAAGAAGCACCGCAGGAGGCCUUCCAAGCGCAAACGCCACUGGAGGCCCUACCUGGAGCUGAGCUGGGCCGAGAAGCAGCAGCGGGAUGAGAGGCAGAGCCAGAGGGCCUCCCGGGUCCGCGAGGAGAUGUUUGCCAAAGGCCAGCCCGUGGCACCCUAUAACACCACCCAAUUUCUGAUGAACGACCGCGACCCUGAGGAGCCCAACCUGGAAGUGCCCCACGGGGCCUGCCACCCGGGCUCCAGCGGGGAGAGCGAGGCCGGGGAAGGCGACGGGCGGGGUCGGGCUCACGGCGAGUUCCAGCAGCGGGAUUUCUCCGAGGCUUACGAGCGCUACCACACGGAGAGCCUGCAGGGCCGCAGCAAGCAGGAGCUGGUUCGAGACUACCUGGAUCUGGAGCGGCGGCUGUCGCAGGCCGAGGAGGAGACCAGGAGGCUGCAGCAGCUGCGGGGGUGCGCCGGCCCGCAGCCCUGCCGUCAGGUGGAGGAGCUGGCCGCCGAGGUCGAGCGGCUCCGGACUGAGAACCAGCGGCUGCGGCAGGAGAACGCCAUGUGGAACCGAGAGGGCGGCCGCCGCGGUGGGGAGCCAGGCACCUAGGGGCACCCCUCAGCCAGGGCGACCCGAGGACAAGGUCCCAUUUCAUACACGCUCAGGCCAGCUGGGGCUCGGGGAGGCAGGUGACAGAUGAAAACCAUGUCCAGCACCCCUUUGCCCCCCGAGAACCGGGAAAGUAGGUUCAGCCUUCCACCUCGUUAUUUCCAUCAUUUGUUCUUUGAUGUCCUCUUCUUUUUCACAAAGAAAUUAAAUGAUUUUCAUGAGCUCAAA